ACGGGGAUUUCAAAGUAAGUUGACGUCAAAUAAACUAACAGUAUUUGUCUUCAUUGCUUCCUUCGGUAACGCUCCCGAAUUGACUAUUUUUUCAGACUGAACAUACAGAAGACACUCAGAAUACCGAAUAGACCAGACCAAGGAGGUACACUCGGCAAGAAAGUCAAAGUCACUUCAAACUGUUGGGAUUUGACAUUUCAUCACAAAACGGCAUAUCUCUAUUUUGUGGAAGCCAACUCAGUUCAUCGAUUGGAAGCUAAGGAGGGCAGUAAAACUGAGAUAAGAAUGCCACCUAAAGAGUUGAGAUCUUUAAUUCAGCAGGUAGCUGACUCUUUACCAGAUACGAUCAUAUACGAUGGCGGUCACGCCAUAUACUCUGAAGAUCCGUUACCUGGUGUCACAACGGACCCCGUAGAAAGACAGAUUGAGAUCAAGGAGCCGUUUGGUCGGGACCGCCUUCUUCUGAAGUACCGGAUUAUGGAAGUGCAGAAGGUAUCUAGUUCCGACAUCAGCCAUUUCAUAACGAAUCCGAAAGCGACCUCUAUGAACAUGCCUCAGGAAUGUAUCAGAUUGUUAGACUGCAUCUUGAAGACGGUGUCAAAGCAGUCGUUUGUAUCCCUUGGACGCUCAGCCCUAUUUCAGCAAACACCAAUUAAAGUGGUUAUGGAUAAGCUUUUUACUAUUCAUAAGGGUUUCAUCAGUAGUGUGCGACCCCAGUGGAAAGUUCGUGUCAACUUGGAUAUGACGUGCAAGGCCUACUUUGUAUCCGGGAAUCUAGCGGACGUCAUGUAUUCGAAGUAUGGAGACGAUAUGGUUAGAUGUAGCACUCAAAUGGCAUACGACUUGAGAAAGAUACGAGUUGAGACUGAUAAAUUCUACAAGAGCGAUGAUGGACGUGCAUAUUCCCGACGCUUCACCGUGCACGGGAUAUCAUCACUACCAGCCGAUCGUUUGAUGAUUGAGGAGUUGAACCAGUCCGUGGCUGAAUAUUUCAAGCAGCACCAUCAUAUCACUCUGAAGUAUCCAGAACUGCCCUGUGUGAAGGUUGAUCAAAAGCGUGAAGUGUAUAUGCCGAUGGAACUGUUAAACAUUUUGCCAUAUCAAGCUCCUAAUGCGAGUAAAGCCGAUAUUGCGAGUGAAGUUAUCCGUUGUGCAGCAAUUCGACCACAGGAGCGCUUCAGAGAGCUGGAGAAUUUUGCUAAUAAUAUGCUGAAGUCCCACCCACUGAUCAAACAAUUUGGUUUGGCGAUUCAACCGAGGCCAGUGGAAGUUAACGCACGCGUUAUCCAACCGCCAACUGCUGGUUUUGGUCGUUCCGGUGUACAACAGCUGACGGCAGGUAGUUGGAGCACGCCUGGCUUUCUUCACCCUGCCGGCGAAGGAGUAGAAAUAAUGUGGGCUGUACUUAGCAUUCCACCUAAUCAGCGGUCUCAUGGUCAUGUUCAGAAGGUGAUAUCGGAAUUGCCUAGAGCGGCCAGUCGCUUUGGUGUUCGGUUUAGCCCUCGACCGAUUGUGGCACAGUGUCCGAGAGGAGAACUUAACAGGAGGUUCGAGGAGUUUUCCAGACAAGGCUGUGGCUUCUUACUUCUCAUCUUGUACGAUGAACAUUUCUACUCAUCGAUUAAACGUCUGAGUGACCUACAAAUGGGGAUUCGGACUCAAUGUGUACGAGCUCGUACUCUGGACAAACCGAACGUUUUCCGUAAGUAAUGCGUGUUGUUCACAUGUAGCCUUCAGUGUGUUUCUGUAUUUCGAUGAGUUUAAUUCGGUUUUCUGCUUUCAGCGAACCUGUUACUCAAACUGAAUGGGAAACUCGGCGGUGUGAACUGGCGAAUUCCUGACCUAAUUAAGGACAGUCAAGAGUUGGUUAUGGUUUUUGGAGCCGAUGUCACUCAUCCUGCGCCUACACAAACUCAUCAGAUUCGAAAGUCAGUAGCUGCUGUUAUCGGCAGUGUUUCACCCGAUCUUAUGAGAUACGGGGUAGUUAUCCGUCAGCAGGCAACCACAGAAAAGGGGAAUAAGGCAGCGAGAGAAAUAAUCGAUGAUAUGCGUCUCAGUGUCAAGGAGCUACUCCAGCUUUACCUGCGUAACACGAACGGGCGUUUCCCGACGCGCAUGAUAUUCUAUCGCGAUGGAGUUUCGGAGGGCCAGUUCGAAAAUGUGCUGGUGGAGGAGCUGUGUGCAAUUCAACGGGCUUGUGCAGAUGUUCGUCCUGGCGAAGAGCCUGCUAUCACUUAUAUUGUUGUGCAAAAGCGUCACCAUAUUCGAUUUAGACCAUCUGACCCCAGGUAAGGUAUUUGCUCAUGAUGUUUCCUGUGUACGUACUACACUUUAUUCGUGUCUUAACGGUCUGUUUGAAUGCUUUGUUAGGGCAAGAAACGUGGAGCCGGGACGGUGGUUGAUACAGAUAUCACGCAUCCCAGGGAAUUUGAUUUCUACCUCUGCUCUCAGGAAGGGAUUCAGGGUACAUCGAAACCUGCUCACUAUCACGUGUUGUAUGAUGAUAGUAACUGGACAUCGAAUGCUCUUCAGAUGUUCACCUAUCACUUAUGCUACGCGUACAUGAGGUGUUCCCGUAGCGUCUCGUAUCCAGCGCCGACUUAUUAUUCUCAUUUGGCUGCAUUUCGGGCACGUGAGUGGUUAUCGGACAUAGAGAAACCAGAGAUUCUGUUAGAUGCUGGUCGUUUCAGAGUUCACAGCAGUCAAGUUGACGGCAUGUUCUACUUAUAAACAGAUUUUGUUAUUUUCAUAUAAAUUGUAUUUCCUUUUGAAUCCAUCUUCCCUUUUAAUAAUAAUAAUAAUAAUAGUAUGAUGAUAA